AAACCACAAGAAACUGUUCCAGUGGUCCCUCAACAAACUCAACAGGUUAUAGUUGCUCCUCCUAAACCACAAGAAACUGUUCCAGUGGUCCCUCAACAAACUCAACAGCAUCUUCUAUGGGGCGCUCUGAAACCACAAGAAUCUGUUCCAGUGGUCCCUCAACAAACUCAACAGGUUAUAGUUGCUCCUCCUAAACCACAAGAAACUGUUUCAGUGGUCCCUCAACAAACUCAACAGGUUAUAGUUGCUCCUCCUAAACCACAAGAAACUGUUUCAGUGGUCCCUCAACAAACUCAACAGGUUAUACUUGCUCCUCCUAAACCACAAGAAACUGUUCCAGUGGUCCCUCAACAAACUCAACAGCAUCUUCUAUGGGGCAAUCUGAAACCAGAAGAAACUGUUCCAAUGAUCCCACAGCAAAAGGAACCAACGAUUCCAUUGGUCCCACAGCCACUCAACCUUCCUCAGUUCACCGUGGUCAAGUCCCCAAUGAGCAGUGGGGUGUUUGAACCGAGUGGGGACACCAGGCCUCUGCCUGAGGGGGUGAAGCCAAUAUUCCUGCCCCCGGCACCCACUUACGCCCCACCUCCCCAGUACAAUGGCGCGGUUGAUGCUCUUUGCCACCUGGACCGCAUUUAUGUGAGAAUCAAGAAGGAGCUGUUCUACAAACCAGACGACGCCUGGAGGAACCUGAAGAUCGGGACGUGCCCAGUCAACGAGGCCAGCAAAGACCACUACUACUUCCUCUACUACUUGAGGGGCUGUGGCUUAAAAUAUGAGGACAAGGGGAGCUACUCAACAUUUUCCAACACGCUCACCUACAAUCCUCCUGCCACAGGGCAGAUUCUCAGGGAACUGCCGUUUUCUGUGAAUGUGCUCUGUAAAUACCACAAACACUUCUAUGCCUACGCACGCGGCUUUCAUCCAGAGCUUAAAUCGGGCACCGUGUUCGCUCGGCUGGACUCCCCAUCACAGUUCACCCUCAAACCGUAUGACGAUAAAUGGGGGCCGAUUAUGCCUGGUCACAGUUUUACCAUUGGCAAGCCGAUGCAUUUUGAGGCCAAAGUGCCAGCAAGCAAAGGCGCUGGACGAACCUACAUCAAGCAGUGCUUCAUCACUCCCACCAGUGAUCCCAACGUCAACCCCAAAUAUAUUGUGAUUGAAAACAAUGGAUGCAUGGUUGACAGCAAGGAGAGUUCAAGCUCCAAAUUCAUUGCCUCUUCCGUAAAGACCACUUUGAGAUUUUCUAUCGGAGCAUUUGUCUUCAGGGACUCUGCUGCGCUGCCCACAGGACAGAGGCUUCUCUACCUUCAUUGUGAAAUCAUUGAAGGACCGGUGACCCCCAGCCCCAGUCUGAAGUCCUGCACCUAUGACAGAGCUACUAAAACGUAAGGCCAA